GGGAUUGAUGAGUUCAAAACAGUACAAACUAAGAAUUACCCUUUAUUACACACAGCAUGAGCAGAUGCGUCAAGAAUCAAGCAACGAAAUUCAGACAGAAAUUCUCAAAAAAUACACAAUAUCCAUAAUCCAUUUGAGAACUGAAAUCUCUGAGCAGUUGAAGCAAGAAUAAGAUGAGAGAGAAGGGGAAAAGAAAAUGGUCUUCUCUCUCUCUCUCCAUUUCUCCUCCUCCUCCGCUCGCUUCUCCUUGAAACGCUCCCAAAUUUAUCCUCUUUUUCCUUCACUCCUCUCCCUGUUUUCUUUCCCGCAUUCCUUCCCAUCCUCACAAUCCUUGAAUAAAUUUACAAUCCGGUUCCCAAGUUUGCGUCUCUCGUUUCUCGAGAUUCGGAGCUUCAACUGAGUCGGAUUCAAUCUGGGUUCCCCAGGAAGUGUCUAAUCUCCUCGUGUUUUUGAAUUUUAUACAUGUCUGGAAGUGGUGGCAGUGCGAUCUUCAAAUGGAAGAAGACGUUGAAGGCAAUAAGGCUGCUCUGCUUCUCAAAUCCCAAUCACCGAUUGACCCAGAUUUGCCCCAUUUCGACCCAUCUCAGUUAUCUCCAUGUUUCCAGUCAUCGCCGGCGAGAAUCGUUCAUCGGCGUUCAGGAGCGCUACAAGUGGGACAACGGCGGGUCUGGUUCUGAUGAUUUCCGUUCGCAGUCCAACAACACGAGUACCCCAAUCCGUAAGAUUCGGGCGGAGGCCAAUUGCCCACGUUGCUCCAAGCAUAUGGAUAUUCUCUUCUCUAACCGCCAUUUCCCAACGCUUAAUCCUCCUUCUUCCUCUAUUCCUUUUUCUUGCGAUGCUCCUCCCAAGGCUGCUGGAGGAGGAAGGGAAGCUUACGAGGCCGUUAAUUUGUGCCCCAAUUGCAAGACCGCUUACUACUUCCGCCCUUACAAGAUCGCUCCUCUGCAGGGCAGCUUCAUCGAGAUCGGCAAUCUUAACUCCAAACCCAAGAAUUCAUCAGAAAGAAGAAUUACUACCAAAGAUGGUAAAAGUAGUAGUCCCAUGGCCGGUUCUACUGUUGAUAAUUAUGUGAAUAAUAGGCUGAGAGUUGCGUUUUUUGAGACGGUGAGGUCGUAUGGUGGGGAGCCGCCUGAGAAUUGGCCUCCUGGAUCGCCUCCCCCUAAUGGGUUGCAGGUGCAUUCUCCUCCAGGUCCGCCAUUUGCGCCUGGAGCGAACUUCAUUCGUGCUUCAGGUCCAGGGGGAAGUACCUCGGGUUCUGGUGGAAAUGGCGCCGGUGAUGGGAAGAAGAUCGAAUGGGGAGGAUCGAAUUUGGGGAAGGAUCUACCCACUCCAAAAGAGAUUUGCAGGGGUUUGGACAAAUUUGUUAUCGGCCAAGAAAGAGCCAAGAAGGUACUUUCUGUGGCUGUACAUAACCAUUACAAACGAAUAUAUCAUGCUUCCUUGCAAAAAGGCAGGUCAGGAACUGAAUCAGGAAACCAAGAUGUGAUAGAUGAUGACGAUAACGUGGAGUUAGAAAAGAGCAAUGUUCUCUUGAUGGGCCCAACAGGCUCUGGGAAGACGCUACUUGCAAAGACUUUGGCUCGAUUUGUUAAUGUGCCAUUUGUCAUUGCUGAUGCUACAACUUUAACACAAGCCGGUUAUGUUGGAGAAGACGUUGAAUCAAUUUUGUACAAGCUACUCACUGCAGCAGAGUUCAAUGUACAAGCAGCUCAACAAGGGAUGAUUUACAUUGAUGAAGUCGACAAGAUAACAAAGAAGGCUGAGAGUCUAAAUAUUAGCAGAGAUGUUUCUGGUGAGGGUGUUCAACAGGCAUUAUUAAAAAUGCUAGAAGGAACCAUAGUAAAUGUUCCUGAGAAGGGGGCAAGGAAACAUCCUCGGGGUGAUAGCAUUCAGAUAGAUACAAAAGAUAUUUUGUUUAUAUGUGGUGGAGCGUUCGUAGAUCUAGAAAAGACAAUCUCUGAUAGACGGCAAGAUUCUUCUAUUGGUUUUGGAGCACCUGUUCGUGCUAACAUGAGAAUGGGCGGGGUAACGAGUGCUGCGGUUACAUCAUCAUUACUGGAAACCGUUGAGAGUUCUGAUCUUAUAGCAUAUGGCCUCAUACCAGAGUUCAUAGGGCGUUUUCCAAUUCUUGUCAGUUUAUUAGCCUUAACUGAGGACCAGCUUGUCCAGGUCCUCACGGAACCAAAGAACGCUCUUGGCAAGCAGUACAAGAAGUUGUUUGGCAUGAAUAACGUGAAGCUGCAUUACACAGAGAAAGCACUGAGGCGGAUUGCCCAGAAAGCAAUGGCCAAGAACACUGGCGCCAGAGGCUUAAGAGCCAUAUUGGAAAGCACUCUUACCGAAGCCAUGUAUGAGAUUCCGGAUGUUAAGACCGGAAACGAUAGAGUAGAUGCCGUCGUCGUUGAUGAAGAGUCGAUUGGUUCGCUAAAUUCGAGCGGUUGCGGGGGGAAAAUUCUUCGUGGGGAUGGAGCAUUCGAGCGGUAUUUGGCAGAGACCAAGUUGAAGGAAUCACAGAAUAAUUUGGAGGUGGUGGAGUUGGCGGAAGGAGAGUCAGAGCUGUCAAGAGCCGUGAGUAUAUAGAAACAAUAUGAUUAACCACGAUAGUUCUUAUGAAAUACUCUUUCUUUUCUUUUUUCCCUUUUUUGGUUUUUGUUUCUUGGGGAAAAAAUAAAAUACAUUCAUAAUAUAUGGUGUAAUUAAUUAUCCCAUUGUAACACCACAUAGCUCAGGUUAAGUUCAUUGUAUUAGAGAAGAUAGGAAGGAAAAUGCAUUGAUCAUUUAGCCUAACGUUAUCUCUGUCUAAAUAAUAUUUAAGAGAAAAAAAAAAUAAAUCGUUACCUUUCAAUA